AUGUCGACUAUGCCCGCUCAGCACGGUCACAGCGAGGGAUGCUGCAACAUUCCUCCUGUCGUCUCUAAGGGCUACGAUGCCAAGGGCAGCUACGAAGAGAUUGGCGGGAAGAAGACCUACGUCACCGGUCCCACCGACGCAAAGAAGGCCAUCGUCGUCACCUUUGAUAUCUUUGGAUUCUUCCCCCAGACGCUCCAGGGAGCCGACAUCCUGGCCACCAGCGGCGCCGAGAAGUACCGCGUCUUCAUCCCGGACUGGUUCGCCGGCGAGCCCUGCCCCAUCGAGUGGUUCCCCCCCAACACCGAAGAGAAGCAGAAGAACCUCGGCGGCUUCUUCCAGAAGUUCCCGCCUCCCAAGAUUGCCGAGCAGACCCCCGACUACGUCAAGGCUAUUCAGUCAAAGUACUCGUCCAUUGAGUCCUUUGCCACCAUUGGCUACUGCUGGGGCGGCAAGGUCGUCUCUCUCGUGGCCUCUGGUGACAAGAACCCCUUCAAGGUCGCUGCCGAGAUCCACCCCGCCAUGGUCGAGCCCGAGGACGCUAAGGGCAUCAAGAUCCCCCUUAUUAUGCUCGCUUCCCAGGAUGAGCCCGAGGAGGACGUCAAGAAGUUCGAGGCAAACCUUAACGUAACUAAGCACGUUGAGACUUUUAAGGACCAGAUCCAUGGAUGGAUGGCCGCUCGGUCUGACUUGGAGGAUUCCAGAGUCAAGGAGGAGUACACUCGUGGCUACAAGACAGUCCUUGAAUUCUUUGAGAAAAACUUCUAA